UGGGAAGAGAACAAAGGAAAAGACAGAAAGUGCACGUCAGAACACAAGUCUGUUGGCUUGGGCUGUGGUCUUGGAUGGGUGGAGAGCUUCAAGGAAUCCCUUCUCAUCCACAUCUCUCUCUGUCUCUCUCACUCACAUACACACACAAAGAGUCUCUCUCUCUCUCUCUCUCUUUCUUUCUCUCUUUCUCUCUCUUUUUGAUAUUUGCAGGGUGUAUAGUAAUUGAUUUUAGCUUAUUUGUUUAUUGUUGAAUCUUCUUGGUUUUAGCAUCUAGCUAGCAACCCAGUUGUUGAAACACUCAGGAAAGACUAGUAGCUACAAGGUUUGGUUCUAAUCUACUUAUAUUAGUACUAUUUUCUUUGACUUGUGUCUUUCUUUCACUUCAAUUUCCUAGCGUUUUGAAAAGUUAAAGAGAAGCUAAGAAAAAUCAUCAAGAACAGUACAUAACAAGUGAAGGAAAAGAAGUGAUUUAGUGGGAUUAGUAAGAAGCUAAAAUCAGCUACAUGAUAUAACCAUUCCUCUCUUUGUAUUAUCACUUCCCAUAUAUAAGCCUUUCUGAAUUAGGGUUUGCACUGAGAUCUGAGGGACAUCCUUUCAUAGAUGUGAAAUCUCAUACUUUGUGUCAUUAUUCACACAAAGUUGUUUAAUUUAAUAUAAAAUAGAAGAUGAUGAAUGAUAUGCUGAUGGCUGAGAAUAUGUCCAAUUUGACUACUGCAUCUGGUGAAAUAAGUGCUUCUUCAAGUACAAGAAAUGAAACUACUGGCACCCUGUACUCUCAACAGUCCUCUGCUUCAACAAAUCUAGCACCACCACCAAAAAGGAAGAGAAAUCUUCCAGGAAAUCCAGACCCAGAAGCAGAAGUGAUAGCUUUGUCUCCCAAAAGUCUUAUGGCAACAAACAGAUUCUUAUGUGAGAUUUGUAACAAAGGGUUUCAAAGAGAUCAAAACCUUCAGCUUCACAGAAGAGGGCAUAAUUUACCAUGGAAAUUAAAGCAAAGGACAAGCAAAGAGGUGAGGAAGAAGGUGUAUAUAUGCCCAGAACCAACAUGUGUGCAUCAUGACCCUUCAAGGGCUCUUGGGGACCUCACAGGGAUCAAGAAGCACUUUUGCAGGAAGCACGGUGAAAAGAAGUGGAAGUGUGAAAAGUGCUCAAAGCGUUAUGCAGUUCAAUCAGAUUGGAAAGCUCACUCCAAGAUUUGUGGCACUAAAGAGUAUAGAUGUGAUUGCGGAACCCUUUUCUCUAGGAGGGACAGUUUCAUCACUCACAGAGCAUUCUGUGAUGCAUUAGCACAAGAGAGUGCCAGAGCAAUCACAGCAACAACAACAAAACCACUUCUGUCCUCACAAACCCCACUCCAUAGCCAUGGCAUUCAAGCAGCACUUCAACUCAAAAGAGAACAAGAAGUACUAAAUCUUUCAUCAGAAAUUCCACCUUGGUUAACUUGUCCUACACCAUCAGCAGCUGGACCAACAGGGCCCCCAUCUUUAAAUCUUUCAUCCUCACAUUUAUUCUCAACAAAUUUAGACCCACCUCUAGUACUCCACCAUGAAAACCCUACCUCAAACCCUAAACCUAAUGCAACUACACUUCCUCCAUUUCACCCCACAGCAGCUUCCCCACACACGUCUGCAACUGCAUUAUUGCAAAAAGCAGCUCAAAUGGGUGCAACAAUGAGCCACCCAUCACCAUCACAGUCCAUGCUUAGACCUGGUCACCUCCACCAGGCUCACAUGUCUGACACUCAUACUGUGUUCAGUCCCACAUCGAUAGCCUCAUCUAAAGCAGUUUCUGGUUUAGGUCUGUCUUCACGUGAAGAAAUAGGAAGUGGGUUUGUUCAUAGCUUGGGUUCUUUUGAGAAUAAAGCUGCUGCAAAUACUGUCCCCACUGGAUUCAUGCAGCAGCAACAAUCUCCUUCUCUUCUUCAUAACAUGAUGAGUUCUUCUUUGCCUUCUUCAAGUGGGUUUGAAGGUUCUUCCUUUCAAGAGGCUUUCAAUGGGACUGGCAACAAUAAUCAUAGAGGUGGCAAUGAGGGAAUGACAAGAGACUUUUUGGGUCUUAGAGCUUUCUCUCAUAAAGAUUUUAUCAACAUGGCCGCUGGGUUUGAACAAAUGAAUGGUAAUUCUUCUUCAAGAUCAUAUGCUCAGCACAAUCGGAACCAAGCACCUUGGCAAGGUUAGCUUCUGGCUGACCAUCAUUAAUUCCUUUUCUUUCUUCCUUGUGCUUCAGAGAACUUUGUAGCUACAUUUUCGAUUAGUGCCCACCUAAGGCCCUAAAGAAAAAAAGAGCAUAUACAGCCUAGCCAUUCUAAAGAGUUCUAGAGCAUAUGGAUACCUCUGAUUUUGCAGGUCAGGUUUGGUUGCUUUGAUCAUCAAUUGUUUAUUAUUGUAAUUCGUUAUAUGUUUUUUUUAUUAUAAAUAAACAAAUAUAUAUGCAGCUGCAAUGGGAGACUUAAUCAUUAAAUUAUUCCUUAA